AUGCCGGCCGGGGCUGCGGCGGUGCUGCUGCGCGGGGGCUGGAGGGCGUUGAGGGCACUGGACCGGCCCGCUGCUCUCCGAGCAGCCGCCGGGGUUGACCGAGGGCUGUUCGGGCCGCCGCCGCCAAGUUCUAUCUAUGCAUUGGAGAAGUUUAUGAAAGACUGUACUCUAUGUAAUGUUCCAAAGAAGCCCUUGACUGCAUACAUUCGAUUUGUAAUGGAUCGGCAAGCCCAACUUAAACAACAAAAUCCAGAUUUGAAGAGAACAGAAGUAGUUAAGACACUUGCUCGAGCCUGGAGAGAGCUUCCAGAAUCAGAGAAGAAAGUAUAUGAAGAAGCUACCAAGGCAGAUUUUAAAAAAUACCGUGAAGAGGUCUCUAAAUAUAAAGCAGAGCUUGAUAAUGAUCAAAAAAGAAAUUUGAAAGAAGAGAAGCAGAUAAAAAGGGCUAGAAAAGAAAUAAUAAAGAAAAAAAGAGAGUUAACAGUCUUUGGAAAACCCAAAAGACCUCGCACAGGUUAUAAUAUUUUUAUUGCUGAACACUUUAAGAAACCAAAGGGACUUUCAUCACAGGAAAUGCUGAAGGCUUUAAAUCAAGAGUGGAAAAAUCUAGCAUUUAGUCGAAAGCAGGUAUACCUGCAACUUGCUGAAGAUGAUAAAAUUCGUUAUGCAAAUGAAAUUAAAUCGUGGGAAGAAAAAAUGCUUGAAAUUGGACGGGAAGAUCUUUUACGCUUUAGGAAACUGAAAGACAAAUUGGGAAAAGACCUUGAAAAAAUCUAUUGA